CACAAGAAUUUUAAUAAUCUUCCACUUAGCUUAUUUUAGAGUUCUAUCUAGUCUAUAUUGAGUUGGUGCUUGUUUUUUUCAUUUUAAACAUACUGUGUUUUUCUCGUUACAAGUAUUUUCUCUCGUUAUCGUAUUUCUUCUCACAAUUCACUUUAAACCAUUCCUAAUUUAAAAAUUAUCAUUUUAUUAUCAAUAUAAGUGUUAUACUAAAUUAUUAAAAUGAGCAACCAAAAAACAGUAUCAACUUCAAUAAAUUUCCUUUUUGGGGGAACUGCAGGAAUGGCUGCAACAUGUGUUGUUCAACCAUUAGAUUUAAUAAAAAAUCGAAUGCAAUUAAGUGGAAUUAAAAUAUCAACAAUAAAUAUAAUAUCCUCAAUUUUAAAAAAUGAGGGUAUUUUAGCUUUUUAUUCAGGCUUAUCUGCUGGUUUAUUACGUCAGGCUUCAUAUACGACUACAAGACUUGGUACAUUUGAAUGGUUGUCUGAAUUAAUAUCAAAAGACAGACAACCAAAUUUUCUUAUGAAACUACUAAUAGGUAGUUCUGCUGGUUGUGUAGGAGCAUUUGUUGGUACUCCUGCUGAAGUUGCCUUAAUUAGAAUGACUGCUGAUGGUAGAUUACCUCUUGCUGAAAGACGUAAUUAUAAAAAUGCAUUUAAUGCAUUAGUUCGAAUAGCCAAAGAAGAAGGCUUUUUAGCAUUAUGGAGAGGUACUGUUCCAACAAUGGGAAGAGCUAUGGUUGUAAAUGCAGCUCAAUUGGCAUCAUAUUCUCAAUCUAAAGAAACUUUACUUAAUACUGGAUAUUUUGAGGAUAAUAUUCUAUUACAUUUUACAAGUUCUAUGAUAUCAGGUUUAGUUACAACUAUUACUUCUAUGCCAGUUGAUAUUGCUAAAACAAGGAUUCAAAAUAUGAAAAUUGUGGAUGGUAAACCAGAAUUUAAGGGUGCAAUAGAUGUCAUAAUACAAGUAUGUCGAAAUGAAGGAGUUUUUUCAUUGUGGAAAGGUUUUUUUCCUUAUUAUGCUCGUUUAGGUCCACAUACUGUUUUGACUUUUAUUUUCUUAGAACAAAUUCGUAAUUUUUACAAAACAUAUUCUGUAUAACAAUUUAAUUUAACACACACACAUGCAAUAUGCAGUGAAAGAAUAUUUUCAAAAUAUAUCAAAAUAUAUAGUCAAUUUGGUCAAAUAAUAAUAUAACUAGAUCGUAAAAUUAGUUGAGAAGAAAACUAUGCAAAUGUUAUUUAUACAAGUAUUUCAACGAUAAAACAGCAACAAUUUUUGAUAAAGAUAAAUUCGAAAGAUAAAAUGAUAUCGAUUUUGAUACAAUAAUUUAUGACCUCGCUGUAUUUUAUCCAUUAAUUAUAUAUCUUAUUUUAUAUUUUAUAUACGUUUAGCUUCAUAUCUAACCUUUUCAAAGUAUAUGCUCAUAAAAGAAUAUUCAUCUUUUCAAUAUAAUUUCUAUUUAUAUACUGAUAUUUGUUGGACACUAUAAAUUUCACACAUAAACGCACAAUAUUUUUUUAAUUUUUCUUAAAUAUUGGAUGAUUCAGAAAAUUACGUAACCUUCGAAAUAAAUGACUAAAAAUUUUGAUUGUAAUAUGUUAUAUCUAUAUAUGUAUGUUGUGUGUGUAACAACUCAUACAUAUAAUUUACAUCGAGCAAACUUUUUGUUACUACACAAAAACACUACAUUCUACAAACAUUCUCCAUAGAAAAAGAAUCGUUUGAUACGAUUUUUAUUUUAUAUUUAUUAUUAUUAUAAAAAAUAUAUUUACUUUAUAAUAUUUAUAUAUAUAUACAAAUUUGUUAUGUUUACGAAAUUAUGAAUAAU